UUACCAAUUAUUAUCCGUUCUUACUAAUUUGGUAUUUAUUUCGUGAAAAAUAAUCUAUUUUAUAUUUACGAUAUUAAAUCAAAAAAAAAUGGUUUACGCAAUUAAUGUAGAACAUCUGAUUCAAAUGGCUAUUGAUGCCAAAAAUAAACAUAUAAACCACUAUUUCUUAAUUCGAAUUUUGGAAGUGAUUGUGCGCCACAUAAAUUUAAGUAAAUUUAACGUUUUACCGGAAGUGACCAAAACCGUGCUUAGGACGUUUAUACUGGAAUUCAUGACACUUUAACAAUACCACUGAACGAUGAUUUUGAAGUGACGUUUGAUGAAGAAUAUGAUGAAUUUUUACGUAUUGAACGACCACAAUCUACAUUAAAAAGAAAAGCUCGUCCAUGCCUAAAGCACGAGACUUUGAAGAAUCUGGAUCACAUGAGAGAUCUGUUUCUAUUGAAGAAUGCAAAAAAAAAUCAACGAAUUCAAUUGAGACUGAAGCUACCAUGCAUGAUACGAUCAAAACUAUGCAGGAGCAAUUGAAUGCAUUAACAUUGAGGUUCUAUGAAUUUCUAAUUACACAAAAUGUUACAACAUCGAAUUUGACGUUUCCAGAUCCUGAAAACGAUCCCGAAUCAAUAAAUGAAUGCGAAGGAGAAUCGUUUGAAAGAUUAUCAGUAGAGACCGAAUAUAAUUCAAUUUCAACAUUUUCAUCAGAACCUGAAAAUGUCCAAGAAAAAAAUGUUGCUAUUUUCCACACCACCACAGAGGUAUAGCAUAAGGCUCGUUUUUAUUAAAGUGGUAUCCCCAAGAGGCCUAAUCCACUAUACCAGCGAUGGUAACGGGUGCGGAGACUUUCGUAUGUGCGAUUUGGUAUCACUCCACUGUCCUGCAAAACCUUCCGAACCUUUUUACCGCCAACUUCA